CUAACUCUAUCGUUGAUUGAGGGAAGAGUCGAAAGGGGUGAGAUACAGAGUGGGAGGCAUUAGAGCGAGAGCGAGAGAGAGAGAGAGAGAGAGAGAGAUCAGUCAAUGGCGGCGAUAACAAGCGCGGUGAUCGCAAUAGCCGGAAUAAUCUUGGGAUGGAUAACGAUAGAGUUAGCUUGUAAGCCUUGCCUGGAGUCGGGACGUGAAGCUAUCGACAGAUCUCUAAACCCGGAUUACGAUCCCGACGACGAAGACGUCAUCGACACAACUUCUGGUCUUCGUGCUCCUCUCAUCCCAAAUACUCCUCCCGAUAACUCCGAUCCUGAUCCCUCCACCUCGAUCAAGUCAGUCUGAUGCGACCUUUCCUUGAGUUUUCGUUUGUAUUUAAUUUUUACCAUCCUUUGUGAUAAACCUCUCUCUCUCUCUCUCUCUCGAUUUCUAAAAUGUUUGCCAAUUUCUCUUGAUUUUUGCAAUUUUCCAUUGGAAUGCUUCUGUGUUUUUUUUUUUUUUUGCAAAGUAUAAUACUAUUAAGAAACAAUUCGAGAUCUAUCAAUAUGAUUAAGGUUCGUUCUUAUUUUGGGGA